AUGAACCUCACUAAGGUCACUAAGGGAAAACGACGGCUCCCCUCAUGGCUCGAUCAUUUCAACGGUCAGGAUCUGAAGGUAUUGUUCCGCUGUUGGGCUGCCGCAUGGGUUGCUGCAUUGCUCAUGUUCAUCGGCCCUACGCUACAUACGAUUGGACAGAGACAUCCUUUACCUGCAUUGUACUCUUUAUUCUGGCCCCCCUCAGGUAUUCUGCUUAUCUUCAUUCUUGGGGAUCUUACUCUUCUUGGUAUGAAUCUUGCCUGGGCAUGGGGAGUGAUUGUCAUGAAGGCAGCUCUAGCAGCUCGUUCCGCAUCAAGGACGCAGGCUCGAAUAAACGCGCUGCAACAGCAGGCGUCUAUUCAGGCCAAUGCCUCUGGCCAGAGCAUUGCUAGCGAAACAUACGUGCUCGUAUCGAACGGGUUUAUGCUGGAUGCUCAAGUGACUGUGGUGUUUUUCGUCCUGAUUUGUCUCUUUAUAUAUCUCAUGUCAACUGAACGCAUGACUCACUAG